CUCACUUCCAUCUUCAAACUCUGCAAAACUAGUAAGAAAUCAACUAUAAAUUUCUUCAAAACAAAAGAAAAAUCAAAGAAAAAUGGCGUACGCGUACAAGCCCACGUACUACACAUCGCUGCACGACUCAAUGACCUCCAUCUGCAAGAGCAUCCUCCCGUUCUCGUUGAAGAAGAAGCGGAUGCCUGCGAUUGCUGCAGCCGAGCAGCAGCGCGCCAAGGAGCAGUCGGAUCAGCUCAAGUGGCAACAGGAGUCCUUCCACCAGAUGCAUAAUUUGAUGGGACUCUGUAAAGAGGGAAUCAUUCAGGAAGAUGAGGUCUCUGCUUUCAGAGCUCAUCUUCUCGAAACCCUUAUCGCCUCUCCCCUCGAUUAUGAGCCGCCCGUGAUUCUAAGGGAUAAGCUCAUCUUCUUGCAGGAGUUACUCUAUGCUAAUUGCAUAUCUGAGGAUGAGUAUCAUGCAUCAAAGAGGCCUUUGUUGCAGAGGCUAGCGGUUCAGGGGGCCGAGAUUAAGGAAACGGAUGUAACUGUUCACGGGGUACAGAAACAGAUUUCGAACGAAGAGUGGUCUGUGAUAGAUUUGAAGGAAGAGAAAUGCUUGGUGAAAUCAGCAUCAAAGAGAGCAAAAGGGGCUUCUUCGGUUUUGGGUUUCGUAUCGCCCAAUCAGUACGGGAAGUUGAAGGAGGACAAGGAUACAAGUGAGUCGGAACGAAAGAAUAAGGAUCAGAAGGGGAAUGAGCUUUUGAGGUCUACUGAAAAUCCCUUUUGGAAUGCUGGUUCCAAUGAAUCCAAGUCCAUUUUCUUGAUGGAAAGUGUACCUGAAUCUGAGAAGCAAGUCUGUAGUGAGAAAGGGAAGAGGAAACCAUUUAUGGCAAUCUUUCAAAGAGAGGAGAAUGAUGAUAACAACAAAGAAAAUGGAAAAACAGUGAAGAAAACAUGGGGGUUCAAGAAAUGGAAGAAGGGCAAUGUGGAGGAUGAAAGGACACUCUUGUCCCUACCUGAAAAAUCAGAUGACACAAAGGAACCACAAAUCAAGAAAAUGAAGAACAAGAAUGGCUUACCAGCAGAUGGUAUUUUAGAUGAGGCAUUUGGAGAGAACGUGAAGAAGGAGCUCUCGCGUAUCCAAACAGAACUCAGCGCAAGAAGCACACGCGUUCAUCUUUCAGAUGAAGUUUCUGAUAGUCGCGCUGUCGACAAUGCUGAGCUGAAAAAGGGCUUUCCAAAAUCAAGUUGCGACCACAACAGCCAAGCUGUGGCGAGAGAGAAACGCAACUCGAAAAGAUGGACCACGUUUGAUGAUGAAGAUGAAAACUCGCACCCAAAUCUGUUUGCUCCUCAAGAUCAGUCCUCCUACUUUACGAAGCAAGCCUCAAGGACGGCUUCGCGCACAUCUUUUAACAAUAGCAGCAUCGAUAAGGGCUUUAUAUAUAAUCCCUUCUUCGACAUGUAACAUGUUGAAGCCGAUAUCUGAAUCGGCACAAUCUUUCAACAACCAGAAGCCAUGUACUAUACAAGUACCCUUAUGUCACUGUGUGUUUGUUUGUAAAGAGAAAAGGAUUGUAUCAUAAUCAUACAAUCUCAUAGCUAAAUAUUGAUUUUGCAGAAAUGUUAUACAUCCUAUGUAUUUUUUCCUGUAAUUUAAUGAUUUUAUUCAGUUUCUUCA